UCGAACUUGCAUUCGAAAACCUUCAAACAUAAAUAAGUGUUACAUUCAAUGAUUUAUUUUCCCUCACAUACUUCUUGACCAUCACUCCUAGCCUGUUUACAAAUCAUAUACCAGUAACAAGUAAAAGAUGACAUGGAAUUUACCAUUCUCUGCUUUCUUUCUACCAAGGUGCUGCCAUAAGAGAAAUGACCAAGUCGUCUUAAACAGGACCUACUGAGAAUGAAUAAAUCAGAAGUCUCUUGGUCGGCAACCCUGCUCGGCAAAAGAAUUUUCUACCUUGUAUAUUUGCUCAACUUUGGGCACACCGUCACAUAUGGACUAUUACCAAGUUCCAAGUGCAUGUUUUCUUUCAUCCGGUAUCUUACUCAUCCAAGUCACCUUUAGACCCUAUGAUCAAAGCUUGUAAUAUCAAAUCCAUGACCACGUAAAAUGCUGUAACAUUCAGUAUUUCAGUUUCUCUACUUCUAGUCUUCUACACUACCUCACAUAUAACAGUGUAUAAUUCUUUUCUUUCUUGAACAGUGGUGCCAUGGCCGUGCAUGUGACGCUCGUUAUGCAACUCUCAGUGAUGGCACUACUACUACCAGUCAUACUAGCAGCAGCUGAUCAAGCUCUUCUGCCUCAAGCUCUACCUGGCUGCACCGACCGCUGUGGUGAUCUUGUAAUUCCGUACCCAUUCGGCAUAGGUGAAGGUUGUUACCUUCGAAAGGAAUUUCAAAUCACUUGUGACCGAUCGACACGACCCCCAUCGGCAAACUGGACAGAUAGUAAUGUCCAUAUCACUAACUUCUGGCUAGCAGAAGGAGAGUUGCAAAUAAUGAGUUAUACUGCCCGAGAUUGUUAUGACCAGCAAGGCAAGGGAACCAACCAAAACAGCCCGGAGCUAACACUGGUUCCGCCUUACACCAUCUCCCCUACCAAAAACAAGUUCAUUGCCGUCGGCUGCGACACUUAUGCAAUCUUUACAGGAUACCGAGGGGAAGAAAGGUAUAUUACCGGGUGCAUGUCCUUGUGUAACAGCUUUGGCAGCCUUGAUGGUUCUUGCUCCGGCGUCGGUUGUUGCCAAACCUCCAUCCCUAGUGGAAUGAAAAACCGUACUGUCACAUUGAGUAGCUAUUAUAAUCACUCUGAUAUAUGGAGCUUCAACCCCUGCAGUUACGCUUUCAUUGUGCAAGAAGGGCAUUUUAAUUUCUCUAAUACAAGUUUUCAAGAACUGAAAGUCACUGAACAAGUGCCAAUGGUUCUUGACUGGGCAAUUGGGAAUGAACCAGACUCAUGUGAUGCAGCUGAAAAGAAGCAGGACUUUGCAUGCAAGAAAAAUAGCAAGUGCGUUAACCAUAACAAUAAGAAUGGUUAUGUUUGUCAAUGCCUUCCAGGUUAUGAAGGCAAUCCUUACCUCCCGGAUGGUUGUCAAGAUAUUGAUAACUGCAAGGAUUCAAACCCCUGCAAAAUUGGAAAAUGUGUAAAUUCACCUCCCGGAAAUUACUCAUGUUUUUGUCCAAAAGGAUACAUAAACGACAUCAUGGAUGAAAAGAACUGCAUCAAAGAAAAUCAUAAAAACCAAUCGAAGACCACUCUCCUGCUUGUUAUUUCAUUGAGUGUAAGUCUAGGCUUCCUGGUUAUGCUAGUCGGAAUUUCAAUGUUAUAUUGGGCAAUGAAGAAAAGAGAUUUCAUCAAACUGAAAGAGAAUUACUUCAGAGAAAAUGGUGGUCUGCUGUUACAGCAGAAGCUAUCUAGCCAAGGAAUGAAGACAGCAAAACUCUAUGGUGCAGAAGAACUCGAGAAGGCCACAAACUAUUACCAUGCAAGUACAGUCCUUGGUGAAGGAAGCUAUGGAACAGUCUACAAAGGAAUACUAGAUAACAAAGAGGUCGCUAUUAAAAAGUCCAAAAUUGGUGCUCGUUCACAGAUCGAUCAGUUUGUCAAUGAGGUGAUAAUUGUUUCUCAAAUAAACCAUAGAAAUGUUGUGAGGUUAUUAGGUUGUUGCUUAGAGACAGAAGUGCCUUUACUAGUUUAUGAGUUCAUCAGCCGUGGAACUCUUUCUGAGCAUAUUCAUAAGGAAAUCAAAGGAGCAUCACUAUCAUUGGAUUUACGACUGAAGAUAGCAGCAGAAACAGCAGGUGCACUAGCAUACUUACACUCAUCCAUUUCCAUGCCAGUCAUUCACCGAGAUGUUAAAUCAUCGAAUAUACUAUUGGACGAAAAUUACACAGCAAAAGUGUCAGAUUUUGGAGCUUCACGAAUGGUUCCUCUCGAUCAAAAUCAACUAUCAACUUUAGUGCAAGGGACACUUGGAUACCUAGACCCUGAGUACUUGCUUACAAAUCAGCUAACAGAAAAGAGUGAUGUUUAUAGCUUUGGAGUUGUCCUUGUGGAGCUGAUAACUGGUAAAGUCGCACUUACUUUGGACCGCCGUGAGGAAGAAAGAAGCCUAGCAAGCUUAUUUGUUCGUUCAAUACAGGAGGAUCACUUGAAAGAAAUUAUUGAUGAUGACAUAGUUGAUAAUGAAAAUGUUACUCAAACACUGAGAAGUAUGGCUAAUCUUGCGAAAAGAUGUUUGAGACUAAAAGGGGAAGAAAGGCCAAACAUGAAAGAAGUAGCCACAGAGCUGGAUGGAAUGAGAACUAUAAUAAUGCAUUUAAAUGGUCAAGCUGAUUUCGGUUCAGAAGAGACUGAGAAUUUGGAAACUGGUGAAGGUAACUAUGGUCUUAGUAGUGCAAUUACUAGUACAACUAGUUGGUAUGACAGCAUGCAAAAGCAAAUGUUGAUGCCAUAUGAUGAUGGAAGAUAA